GACUCUUGGGAGGGGCUGUGCAGACACAACGAUUCAGAGGACAUCCCCAAGGACGGAAGGUGGAACUCUGUCCCUGUCAUAAAUAUGAAGCACCAGCUGCUCCUGCCCCUUCUUCUGCUGGGGACAGUCGCUGCUCUUCAUCUGGGGAAUGAUGUCCUUCAUCUGGACAGCCAAGACACAGAGGCAGACCUGAGCCAGGAUCUGGAAGGGUCAGGGGAGCAGAAGGAAGAGUUGGUCCUGACUAAGGAGGUGAUUCAGUCAGAACAAGAGCAGAUGAAUUCUUCUAGCUCUCAAAAUGACUUUGAAGACGAGGAGGACAUGGAGUCAGACCCAAGUGACCUAGACGAGAACUUGCAGUGCCCCAGGACAGAAGACACAGUUGAAAUACUGGGAAGUCCUCAGUGCAAGACCUGCCGUUACCUGUUGGUGCGGACCCUCAAAACAUUUAGAGGUGCUCGGAGAACCUGCAGUAGGUGCUACAGAGGCUGCCUUGUCUCCAUUCACAACUUGAGCUUCAACAAUCGCAUGAAGUGCUUGACCAAUGGGGUCAACCAGGGCCAGGUCUGGAUUGGAGGCAGAUUCAGGGUCUGGAAUCGGCAGUUUCGCUGGAUUGACGGGAGCAGAGUAGAUUAUACAAACUGGGCCGCAGGGCAACCUUGGAAUGGACGUGGCCGCUGUGUGACCCUAUGCACCGCAGGGGGUCAGUGGCGACGAUCGGGCUGCCGAAAGCGGCGGCCCUUCAUCUGCUCCUACUAAGUCUCCCCGCAGCUGGACAGCGACAGAACCUCUGUAAGGAGGGCUGAGAUGCACAAAGAUCCUGCCUGGGAGCCUCCUUCCUACACCCCUCCUGGCUGCCCCUGACCCACCCUGGGCACUGGGUGGGGCUCCCUGGUCAUAAAGCCAUACU